CAAGUUUCAUGAACUGUCGAGAAUGGUCCGCAUUUUUGUAAUUUGGCCUUGAGGUUAGAUGCAAAAUAUUUUCCAGCCACAUCCGUUUUCUACAACAAUUGGGACUCUGACAGAAAGAGCGACUGAUAGUGGUCAGCCGUCAGAAGAUUGGGCUCUGAUUUUGGAAAUAUGCGACACAGUAAAUGAAACGGAUGAUGGGCCUAAGGAGGCUAUAAGAGCGAUAAAGAAACGUCUAGUCACUUCUGCAGGCAAAGACAACGUUUCAAUAUGGUACACAUUAACACUCCUUGAAACUUUAGUAAAGAACUGUGGAAAAAGAUUUCACAGUCAGGUUGCUAACAAAGAGUUUCUGCAUGCUUUUCUAAAACUUUUAUCACCUAAGAAUGACCCUCCACAACAGCUACAAACGAAGGUUUUGUACAUGCUUAAAUGUUGGAUAUCAAGUAACUGGGAUGUCGCUGGUAAACGGGAUCUGGAAAAAAUAUAUGCUUCGCUUUUACAAAAAGGAGUGCAAUUUCCAACGGUUGCACCAGUUGACUGUUAUGCAUCAAAACCGUCAAGAGGCCUACGUGAUAAUUUGGUCACAUCUAAAACUGGAGUAACUAUUCCGCGAACUUGUUCACAAGAAAAUGAUAAAUUAACUGGAAGAUCUUUAGUACUUAAAAGUUCUGGAACAGAAUCGGAUAUCCAUUUACGUAAUCAUUUAUCUGUAAAUCCAUCAAGUUCAAGUGUAUUACAUCCAUGCUCUGUUUGCCAUUGUAUACAUGAAUCAAAUAUUCAAUCAUUAGCUUGUCAUAAUCUUGGUUCAAGACCUAAUGUUCAUCCUACUGGUAAUUCUGUAUCCUCAUACAGUCGUUCAACACGGAAUGUGCAUUUUAAUGGUACAGUUCAAAAUAGAUCACAGAUUAGUACUAUACCAAAUGAUUGUACUGUAAUGGUUGUUAACUCAGAUCAUCAACCAUCUACUUUAACUUAUCCACAUCCAUCUCAUACACAUGGUUUAUCAUUAUCUAAUAAUAAAUGUCAACAAAUGAAUACAAAUUAUUCAAUGAAUUCUAAUAAUCCUAAUAAUAAUAAUAAUGAUGAAAUGGAAUUUGAUGAAGAUGGUAUUGUACGUCAUUUAAAUACUUCACAACGUAUUAAAUUAACAGAAGAUUUAUCUAUUGUUGAAACAAAUAUUAAUGUAUUAAAUGAUUUAUUAGCUGAAUUAAGACCAGAUACUAUAACGAUAGAUGAUUUGAAUUUACUUAAAGAAUUAAAUUGUACAUGUCGUAUUAUGCAUCAACGUGUUAUGGAAUUUUUAAGUCAAGUAUCCGAUGAAGAAGUAAUUAAUAAUUUAAUUCAAGUUAAUGAUCAUUUAACAAAUACACUUUUACGUUACGAUCGUUUUGAACGAUAUUAUCAACGUGCAAUACAGAAUUCCGAUAAUAAUAAUUCUUCUAACAAUCAACAAAUGGAUUCUGCAUUAUGUUUAACGAAUUCUAGACCACAAUUAUGUUUAACUGCUUCAUCAAGUGACCAUAUUGAUUCAAGCCGUCAUCGAUCAAAUCAUCAUCAUCAUUAUCCGCAGCAGCAACACCACCACCAACAACAACAAUUAGCAAUUACAGCUGGACCAUCAUCUCUACGUCGUACAACUCUAAAUGAGUCUACAGUGAAUGGAGUUGUUAGUAGUCGAAUGAAAAGUUUACACUAUAAUCAUGCAGAUUCAGGUAACGGUAGUAGUACUGCUGUUUCAACCACCAGCAAUCACCAUAAUAAUAACGAGGAUGAAGAUGACGAUGAAAGCUUGUUGGAUAUAAGUGAAGGUCCCCAUGGUGGUUCUACAACUAGAUCUCAUGAUUCUGAUGAAACUGAUGAAAUUGCUAAGUGGUUAUCUAGUCGACAAUUGAUACCUGUAAACUCACAGCAACAAUCACAACACAGUCAUCGUCCUUUUCAACACCAACAACAGUCAUUGACUACAAACAGUCGUUCACAUUCAUGUGUACGAACAAAUCAUUUAAGUGCUAUUACAAACACUACUACUACUACCACUACUGCUGGUGUUUCUUUAUAUGCAACACAGAAUCCAUCAAAUAAAUCCGUUCAUUCUCAUCAAUCUUUUCAUGAAUUGUUGUAGUCACAAGUAAGAAAAAGCAUCAACAUUAUCGUGGUUUAUUUAUUUAUUUCAACACAUAAACAUUGGUAUUUAAUUGUGUCAUAGACAUGACUUUGGAGAUAACAUUUCUCGGUUCGUUGUUGUUAGCUUGACGUGGUGGUUGGACUUGCCUAUUGUGAUGAACCAGUCGAUCUCUACUAGCUGCAACAAUCGUUCCUCAAAGUUCUAUCAUACCAGACAGAUCGUUGAAAGCAUGUAACCCAAUAGAGUAAAGAAGUAGAAGAAGAAGAAGAAGCAGAGAAAGAAGAAAAUAGAAGUAAUAUAUUUCAUAGAGAAUAAUUCAUUGAAUAAAUCUCCUGUUUCAUAUAUAUACACGUUCACUAUUCUAUUAUUUCCUACUUUACAUUAGAACUGAUGAAUACUGAUUAUUAUGAUUAUU